CUGCCUACCAAGCCACCUCUCUGGCCAAAGCACAAUAGGGCCGCCCUCGUCGACGCAUCCUUUUUACGUGUCCCUAGUAGCAUGGGCGCGCCCUAGGAUGAGGAGGCCGCGGCCGGCUACCUCGCGCACACCGCUGCCGUGCCGUCCGAGAUCCUGCACUACGGCUUCGUCGGCGGCGUCCGUUCCCACGGUCGAGGCGCCCGACAACCCCGCCGCCACGCUCGAGGCUGCGCCUGUGAACCUGUGCAGCCUCUUCCUGCGCGAGUUCGACCGCACCGCCGAGUUAGACGGCGCCAAGGUCGUGCUUUGUCAAGCCCUUCCCCCCUCAUCGGCCGCGGCGAUGUUGGGCUGGACGUUUACAGCCGCAAAAUAUUCCAGGGUGUUGCCGACACCGCGUGUCCAGCCCGCGCUGACCGAGACGUUCAGCGACGCCAACUUCGCGCCGACAGAGUGGGACGUGGUGGGGCUGGCGGCGCAACGAGGGGGAGUGCGACGUGCUGGCGCGGCUCGAGCAGGGCGGCCGCGUUAAUGGAUUCGGCGCUAUCUGCAUGAAGCGUGACUUUUCGGCCGUCAUCAGCGCCGUGGCGAAGGGAACUGCGUGCCGCGCGAAAAGUUUGCCCGCGUUAGCCAGCGCUUAUGGUCGCCAACAUGGAGUAUAAGUCGAAAGAUGGCAAGGCUACUUUUUACCAAAAUGCGAAAAUUAUAUUAGCGUUACGGCGUUAUUUGCGUAUGGAUUGAACAGAAUGGGG